AUGAGAGAGAAUGUAAGCAAGGCUACGGGUAAAAGAAAUGAUAGCAUUGAUUAUUAAUUGCUUACUGAUUUAAGGAAAACACAUAGAGAACUAUAUAGAAGUAUAGAAGGAAAUAGGAGAGUAAAUUAAUUGGAAAAAGAUCAAUUAGACAAAUAGACAAUCAAUUCUGAAUGCUUGAAGUAUUCUAACACCUAAUUGCAAUAACAAAUAGGGCAAUUCAAAGCCUUACAAACACAUCAUUAUAAUUAAAUUAGAAGAUAACUUGAUUUGGAAGGUAAGAAUCCAUUGGAUCACAAUAAAGAAAUACUACAUAAAUUGGAGACUGAAUUAGAAGUAAGAAGAGAAAAGAAGAAAAAACAUGAAGAAAUUACUAGCGAGUUCGAGCAUCUACAAUCACAGUAUGAUUAAAAGAAAUCACAAUAUUUCUAAGUUUUGCCAGACUUACUGAAACAAACAUAAUCGCAUCUUAUACCUACUUUGAAUAUAUUUGAAAUCCCUCAUCUAGCACUUCCAUCUCAAUAAGAAUUCUUUUAAUAAUUACCUUAACCAUUACAUUAAAUUUAUUAAAAAUUACAAACCAAAUUCUUACAAUUAGAAAUCAUUUCACACCCUAUCUCAGACAGCUUCUAUAAAUUAUCCCAAUUUGAAUUGAAAGUAACUAUCGAACAAGGCCUAUUUGAUCAAAUUGCAUUAAAUUAUUUGGGAGUUAAGUAGGAAUCCUUUUAUGAAAAUAUCUACCCCUUCUCAUUCAGUAUCAGAUACUUUACCACUUUAGAUAAGAUUGUAUUUUAAGUGGAUCGAAAUAAUCAAAUCUCAUCAGAGGAACUCUUUUGUGGGUUAUUUAAAGGAGAUCCUGGUGAACCAAUAAUCGUAAAUGCGAAGAGUGAUGAAGAAAUUAAUAUUAAUAAUAAAUAUAUGACUUUUCGAUGGGCUAAACUAUUGACUGGAUUUGAAUUGAGUCCUCAGGAAUUCUAUCUAUAAUUGUAGAAAAGAAUAUACAACAUAUAAUUAAUCAAAAUUCAAUUGCAAAAAUUGUAAAGAAAUGAAUUGCUUACUAAUUUCCCUGGAUUGAAUUUUGAAUAGGGGUUUUAAUUAAAAUAUUUUGGUAAUUCUCAAAUAAAUGAUGACUCUCCUUUUUGGUAUAAGCUUUGUUAAGGGGAAAGUUUGAUUUACAAACAAAACAAGGACACUACCUUAUUGGUCGAAGAUAAAACUUUAUAAUCAUAUAUUUAAUUAAAUUAUAGAUUUGAAGGCCAAGCUGAACAUCUUCAUGACUGCUACAAAAUGUUAUUAGCUAAGGAUGACUAAUAAAUAGAGAUCGGUAUCAUAGUACCGCUGAGUUAUCCUCAAUAUACGUUAUUAGAUUAUAUCUACUUAAAGUAUUAAUAUUUCACAAUAUGA